CUUCUCGAGGCUAGUCCAAUGGCGCUCUCAGGGAAGCAUCUGCUCGUUGCUGCCGGCGUGUGGGACCCUUGGGUGCUGAUGGAGCACGACCAGCAGGGCUGCCUGGUGAAGUCGACUGGGAUUUUCGUCGACUUCAUGGACACGUUCUCUCACAAACUCAAUUUCACAUAUUCUCUAGUAGAAGCAGCAGAAGGAGAGUGGGGUCGAAUAUUACCCAACGGAUCAACAACUGGAAUGAUAGGCCAAUGUCAUAGGAAGGAAGUUGACAUGGCUUUAGGCCAAUUCAGCAUAACAUAUCCGAGAAGCCUUCUGAUUGACUUUUCUGUUCCCGUCUACAUCGACAACGAAGGUAUAUUCCUCCCGAGGCCUGCACGCGAACGAGACCUCACUGGUUUUGUUAAGCCUUUUGCCUGGCAGGUAUGGAUAGCUUUGACAGUGGCAGUUGUUGGAAGUAUGGUACUAGGAGUCGCCAUGAGAUGGUUUGUUCAACAGUGGGGGCCAGUAAGGCUGGAGUAUGGUCUCCAGGAGUUUCGAGGAAAGAUUUGGCCACUGCUGACUUUUGAACCUGUUUGGCUAAUCAGGUUACUUCUACUUCAAGGUGCAGAGCUCCCACCUAUGAUGCUGACUGGUCAGCUGUUUAUGGGAACUUGGAUGAUAGCAACCUUAAUUCUAAGUUCGGCUUACCAAGGUGUUCUUACCUCUCUUCUGGCAAUACCGAAGGUUGAAAUUCCUGUAGACUCUCUGCAGGAUUUGGUUGACUAUGGCAAGAUCCCUUGGGCUAACGAACGUGGAACCUCUCUUCAUCAGUUUUUUGGGGACACUAAAUCAGGCAUUUACAAGGUGAUAAACGACAAAGGCUUCCUUAUCACAGCUUCUUACGACGAACGCCACCGGAUGAAGGUUGAGAAGUUCGCCAUACUGUGUGAUUUCUUCUCCAUGAAGAAGAUCAUGAGCGACGACUACAGUGAAACCGGCCAGUGCAACUAUUACAUUGCAAAGGAACCCAUCUUGGUAUCAAGUUAUGCCUUUGCUUUCCCUAAGAAAAGUUCGAUCAUACCACACUUCAACAGACUAGUUACGAUGCUGAAGGAGGGCGGAAUAGUAAGCAGAUACAUUCAGGAUUUCACGGCAAAUGCUACGGCGUGCAUGAUGAGGCCCGGGAAGGAGGACGGAGUUUCUACACUGGUGCUCUCGCUGGAUGAUUUUGGCGGCUUCUUCCUGCUCUGUCUGGGAGUUUAUUUUCAAAAUACUAGUCCAGAUUAUACUCCGGCGGGCGGAAUGGGCGAUUAA